CUCCGCUCAGGGCCGGCCCUCUGUCCUGGACGCCCGCUAUCGGCGGUUUAAAUGUCCGGUCGGCGGCCGCUGCCUUGGCGAGAUGGGGGCCGCUAUGUUCUUCGGUUGUACUUUCAUCGCCUUCGGGCCAGCGCUGGCGUUGCUACUGACCACUGUGUUCGGUGACCCGCUGCGAGUCAUUAUCCUGGUGGCCGGGUCAUUCUUCUGGCUGGUGUCCUUGCUCCUCUCCUCCCUGCUCUGGUUCAUUGCCGUUCAGCUCAGCAAUAAGGACAAUGCCAGCGUGCAGCGUGGGUUACUGUUCAUGGGCGCCGGCGUCUCCGUCCUCUUCCAGGAAGCCUUCCGCUUCGCCUACUACAAGCUGCUCAAGAAAGCUGAUCAGGGACUGGUGGCUUUAAGUGAAGACGGACGAUCUCCCAUCUCCAUUGGCCAGAUGGCAUACGUUUCAGGCUUGGCCUUCGGAGUCAUCAGCGGUGCCUUCUCCGUCAUCAACGUCCUGUCCGACUCGCUGGGGCCAGGAGUGGUUGGGAUUCAUGGAGGAUCACCCUAUUUCUUCCUAACUUCAGCAUUCUUUACCAUGGCUUUGGUCCUGCUGCACACGUUCUGGGGAGUGGUGUUCUUCGACGCCUGUGAGAAAGGGAAGUGGCUGGUGCUGGCUGUGAUCGUUUCCAGCCACAUGCUGACCUCUGGCCUGACAUUCCUGAAUCCCUGGUAUGUGGGAAGCCUCGUUCCGAUUUACGGCAUCAUGGUGGUCAUGGGAGCGUGGGCAUACUGCACGGCUGGAGGAUCGGUACACAACUUCAGGCGCUGUGUCACAUGCCAGCAGCACUCUGACCCUCAUGUUCUGGUGUACUCUAGUCUUCAAUCCCCUGCGGAGGACUGAAGGUGGGAGCGAGAGGUCCUGACACCAUCCUCAUCUGCCCUCUGGACUGUUGCCCUUGCCUCACUCCCCACCCUCUCACCUCCCCUUCCUUGGACACUGAAGCCUACCUCCCUGAGGGACAUAAGGACCCAGACGGUGUCCGCUUUGGCCUCACCGGUUUGGUGGGAAGCCACCUCGACCCUGGUUACCACUGGAAGGAGAAAGUGUGACAGUCGGGGAGAAAGCAAGUCAACUACUGAGCACACUGAGACUUCUGGUUUGAACUCCACAGCACAACCUAACGUUUGUCUGAUUAUUUAUUUUUUAAAACUUUGACUACUGUUACUUCCUGGUAUGAGCUUGUGGAAAAGCCGGGCUGCUUAUAGAUUCUGUUCCGAGGUCAAGAGGAAAAGUUUGUAGUUUCUGUUCCUCAGUUUUGAGCAUCACCAUCUCAAUGGGUCUUUGGAGCAAGAGGGGAGGGUUUGCGUUAGGGGCUACCCUGCCUCCCCACCACAUUCCAGGCCGAGUUUUUGUCACUCGCUGCUCUUGUGACCAUUCUUCCAGCAACAUUCCUUUGGCCAGACUUUUACCUCCUGGAUUCCACCUGAAGAUAAAACCUCCCUUACUUUUCAUCGAACAGCAAGUUGUGGUAGAAAGCUGAGAGGGAGAUGUGUGUGUGUCCAUAUCUAUGUGUUUAGCUUCUGCCACAAGAAAUGUCCACCAUCACCACACUUAACAGCCCCGAAAGGCUGUUUGUGGACCCACAGUGGCUCUUUGACUGUUAGGGGUAGGGGAUGAUGGCUGCAUGCACAAGGGGAGGCCAUUCCACCUAGCCGAUUUCCCCUACCUCCCAGCUCUGUUAAGUUGUGGUAUUGCAACAGGGCAGUGAUCCAUACUUCUAAUCCUCCCCCACCCUGUAUCCAAUGAGACAUGAGACCUAGGAAGACUUGGGGACCCCUCUGUAGGCACAGAAUAUGUCUGCCCUGGGACAGAUCCUCCUUUCAAAAUGCCUGUCCUGUCCCCAUCUGAAGCUUCAGAAGUACCCGGUGGUGAGUGUUGUGACCAGAUGUGUAAAGGGGAAUAAAAACCUUCCUCGAGGCUGUAAAGAAAUAAUAAAAUCCUCUCUGUUAAUCAGAUACUCCUGGGCUUCUACACCCAGCUCCCUUGCCGUAAGUCUCAAUGCAACAAGAGCGAUGUCUUUAUGUUUGGGUACUGCACCAAGUGACUGGAUUCUGUGUAAAAGUGCAUACCUGUACCCAGCAGAGCAUUUAAUAUUUCCUUUAAAAUAUAUCUACGGUAUUUUUUGUUACUUUUUGCUUUGUGUGUAAGUGUUCUGAGUUGUCUGCUAUUACUACGGUCGCGAGGCAGUGCGAGACAGCUGAGAAGGGUCAUUAUUUCCCUCCCUCCCACACGCCAACUUUCUGCUGCUCUCCGGUCGCGUCCAGCCGCCGGGUUUCCCACUGGCUUUGUAAUGUUAACAAGUGACUACCUCAAAUCAGUCGGUUAGCUAUGAAGGCUGAUUUAUACCUGUGUGUACGGGCUGCGCCGUAGGCCUGAUUUGUACUUUUGCGUAGCGAGCAUGUGUACUUGUGUCUGCGUCGCUCUGCAAUUCACCGCCAAAACGCUAGUUGGCGAUGGGAUUUCUAUGUCACUGAGUUUCUUCGUGAGAGACAUGGACGGGGAAAUGCUUUUGGAUGUCAAAUACUUUCGGAUGUCGGCAGGUAGAUUUGAUGCUUUCGGAUGUCAAAUACUUUCGGAUGUCGGCAGGUAGAUUUGAUGAUUUGGUUCAUCGUCUCCAACCAUUUAUUUCGCAUCAGUAUACAGACAUGGUGGAGAAAAGCAACCGGAAAUGCAAUGCUACCAAGCGAACCAAUCACAGUUGUUGCGGUCUAUGUCACUGCGACGUGUGAGUUACAUUUUUGGGGAGGUGCACGUCACCCUACAGUGUAGGGUACACGGUAUCUGCGGUGUACACUUGACGCAGAAGUAUAAACAGAAAUCACAGGGAGUACUCAGCAGGUUGGACAAAGGACAGUAUAGGCCCUUCAGCCCACAAUGUGGUGCUAGCUCUUUAACCUACUGUAAGAUCAAUCGAACCCUUCCCUCCCACAUAGCCCUCCAUUUUGUUUCAUCUAUGUGCCUAUCUAAGAGUCUCUUAAAUGCCCCUAGUGUAUCUGCCUGGCAGUGUGUUCCACACAUCCACCAAUCUGUGUGAAGGGGAGGAUAAAAAAACUACCCCUGACUAGCCCAGUACACUUUCCUCCAAUCAUAAAAUUAUGCCCCUUGUACUAGCCAUUCCCACCCUGGCAAAAAGUCUCUGGGUGUCUGCUUGAUCUCUGCGUCUUAUCUUGUCCAUCUAUAUCAAGUCAUUUCUCAUCCUCCUUUGCUCCAGAGAGGAAAGUCCUAGCUCUCUCAACCUGUCCUCAAAGGACACACUCUCUAAUCCAGGCAACCGUCCUCUGCACCCUCUACAACUUCCACACCCUCCCUCUAAUGGGGCAAUUAGAUGCGAACACAAUACUCCAAGUGUAAGGUAUUUUUUAUUAAUAUUA